AUUUUCAAAGAAAGAUAUGCCGACAAGCAUGGCGGAAGUCAGCCGUGAUGUCCGGGCAUCAAGAUCCAAGAUUAUACAGAGAUCUACAUGUACCCUUGUCAGGUCUUCCUCCAAAUCUAGUAUUUAUUGUAACUGGGGAAGUGAUGUGAAGGAACCGCUUGUAAUUUUGGUUGGAAAAGACUGCAGAGAAAAUGAGGAGCUCAAGGCUGCCGUUAAGGUGUUGGAACUCGAUCAGGAAGAGUCAGAUACUGGACUGGAUUUGAUACGCAGAGCAUCGGAAAUAGAGAGUGUGUUCAUCCUUAAUGUGUUUGAAGGGGAGGUAUAUCACAAGCUCCUCAAAGCUGAAGCCAGGAUCAUUGGGCCUCCAAUUGUAUUUCAAUGUGCCAAAAACAAAUGUCCCAUCCCAUUUCACAGUCGCCCUCUCUACUGUACAGCCAUGCAGGGCGUCAUCACAUGCUUCACAGGGUUCAACAGAAGAGAGGAAUUGGCUCCCUUAGCAGACCUCCUCCACCACAUGGGAGGCAGUGUACGCAAAGAGAUCACCACCAAAGUCACACACCUUGUGGCCAACAGUACAGAGGGCGAGAAAUACAGGUUUGCUGUCAGUUUUGGAACCCCAAUCAUGAGUUCUGACUGGCUGUACCGUGUAUGGGAGGAGCGUAACAAUCUGGGGGUAAAGGGCACAGACACCAAACUGAUGGUACACAGGGUACCCCCAUUCUACAAGUGCUGCCUUAGUUUUCUAGGAUUUUCCAAAGAAGAACAAAAACACAUGGAAGAAUUGACCAUAGAAAAUGGGGGGACAUGUGGGACGGUAGGAGAUGAUGAGUCUACCCAUCUGGUGGUGGAUGAUCAGAGCACCAAGGAGCUGCCACACAGCACCAUGCUGCCACACUAUGUUGUCAAGGCAGAGUGGUUCUGGGGGAGCAUACAGAUGGAGGCAUGUGCUGAUGAAAACCUGCUGGAAUAUCAGAAGGUAUCUUCUUCUGCCAGCUCAAUAUUUACACCUGGGAGAUGCAUGUCGGGGUCAAAGUCACGGAAGAGGAAACGGUUAAAAGAAAACAUCGCACAGCUGGCUGGCGAGGGAGACUUUGACUCUCCACUCUAUAAACGGCGUUCUAGUGAGAUGGGGCGUACCUCCAUGAGCCCUAGUUCCUUCUUAGAUGCCUCCAAUACCCCUGAUAAGUCUGACUAUGCUAUAGAAGAUCAAAAAGAGAAAGUCUCCAAUAUAUCAAUGAAGACGACGCCCCGACACCAGGUUGUGAUGGAGUUUUUACAGACAGAAAAGAACUAUGUUGGGAUCCUGAGCACUAUUCUAACUGUUUUUAAAGCUGAAGUGGAGAAGACAAACCAGUAUAGUGGAGCUCUGCUAGCCCCACAGCAUGUCAAGGUUAUUUUUGGCAAUAUUCCACCGAUUUAUGAUGUCCACUGCCAAAUCUCAGAGGAGCUACAGAGUAUUGUAGAGAACUGGAGCGAAGACAAGGGAAUUGGCGACGUUAUACUAAAACAUGCUGAUGCUUUGCUGAAAGCAUACCCACCCUUUGUCAACUAUUUUGAACAGACCAAAGAAACCAUAGCUAAAUGUGAUAAAACUAACCCAAGAUUCCACGCCUUCCUGAAGGUGUGUCAAUCUAAGCCGGAGUGUGGACGUCAGACGUUGACCGAGUUGUUAAUCCGACCUGUCCAGCGCCUUCCCAGUAUUUCUCUGUUACUUAAUGAUAUUAUGAAGCACACCCCUAAAGACAACAUUGACAACAAUAAACUCGAGAAGGCCACCAACAUCCUCAAGGAAGUGAUGACGCAUAUUAAUGAGGACAAGAGGAAGACGGAGAACCAAGUGGUCAUGUUCGAGAUAAUGAAUGACAUCGACAAUUGUCCUCCUACACUACUAUCCUCACAUCGACGCUUUGUUACACGGAUUGAUGUUAUAGAGCUGUCUGAUGAGCUCUGUGGCCGGGGUAUGCCCCUCUCUCUGUUCCUGUUUACAGAUAGUGUGGAGCUAUGUAAACGACGGUCACGAUACCUAAACAGCAGCAAGUCUCCCGCACUUCUGAAAACCCCACAGAAGGCAUUGAAACAUCUGACACUGAUACCAUUGGCGGCAAUCAAACGUGUGAUCGACUGUGUAGAGAAUGACGAUUGUCGUAACUCCUUUGGUGUAAUAGUUAAAAGUAAUUCAGAAAUGACAGAAAAACUAUUUAGUUUUAUGGUGGAUGGAGAGGAAAGCAAGAAAGAAUUCAUGACCCAGCUCACCAAAAGUAUCUCCCACAUAGUGUGUAUGGCUGACCAUGAAUCCUUGAUGGUGACUGUCGUUGGCCGGGAUCUCCAUAUCAACACAAGUGAACUGGGAAAGCAUAGCAUCAGCAAAGCAGCCAGGCUUGGUAAGCGUGUCAGUCGAGCAUUUUCCUUCAACAAGACGCCAGGUCGGCUAAAGAGAGCUGUUUCCAGCGUAUCACAUGCCUUCAGUCCUUUUGCUGACUCACGAGAGAGGUACCUUGGAACACCUCGUGGGAAUCUCCAGGGCAAGCGCCUAGCUAGCUGUAUGGACCUCACAGAUUCAAUCUCGCCAACACUGAGUAGCUUUGCCAGCUCUACUACUUUGUACGAUGAGAGUGACACUAUCAGUUUAGGAGCGUACUCACUUAAAGAGCUGCCCUGAAGACAACUGCAGACUUAUGUUGAGUAUACUCCAACUAAUGACUGCCAUUAGGUCCAGCACAGUCAGUGGACCAGUUUCUGAACCUUUUUUGAUCAAGCAACGAUCAAAUGAACUAGAACAUUUCGGCCGCAGUACAAAGCGAUUCAGAAUUGAUAAGCCACAAAUCACAAUGAAGUAGGACUCUUAUGCUACAAUACAAAGUGAUUCAGAGAUGAUAGUCCACGGAUCAUGAUGAGCCCAGCCAUUCUGCUGCAGUUCAAAACCAUUCAGAUUUGAUCGGGAGUAAACCUGACCACAGGAUCAUGAAACAUCGAUUAUAAUAGGCUGCAGUAUCAGAGAUGGAAAGUAGUGGUUCAUGUUCAUCAGCUUGGAACCUGGUUCAUGUUGAGAAUAUGAAAGUCCAUUCAUAGAUGUGACCUCAACUUGUUUGUCACAAUUUCGACUGGCUUUUUACUUAAUAUCUACUUUAGUCAACAUGUACAGUUAGUUCAGUGUUAUGUGGUAGUCGAUAUACCUCUAUACAUCUUAUAUUGGUCUGUGUAAAGGACCGAAUGUGUAUAAAGUGAGGACAAAUGUUGACUACACACUCCACACUAAUGGUAGUUAGGGCUGGAUAUUGUAUCCUAAUAUAUCAAUAAAACCAAUGUGACAUAGCAAUUCAAUCCAAACAAUACUCUAACUUUUUCAAUAUUCCACAUUUCUACAUGCAUAAAGCUCAUAUUACAGAAUAACAAGCCGAUGGAAAUAAACCAAGAAAAGUGACAUGAGAAACAAAACAUAAACAUGUCCCCCAUGAUAGCUGUUUUCUUCUGAUGGCCUCAUGUGACACACUCGUACUUUUAACACA